AUCACUGCGUGUUUUUGAAUUAUCUACAUGAUUAUAAAUUAACUUGAUUUCACUUGUAAACUUAUAUGUUGUUUAGCCGAGAAAUAGCAAGAUACUAUUUAAACUCAAGCUAUUGUUACAGUGAUCAAUCAUCAUUGUUUGCAUCAUGUCGAAAGUUACUAAAAGGAAACAUGUGAUGAAUGAAGCUUUGUGGGACGAUUUUGAACUUCCGAAAGAGAACCAAAGCAUUGUCAAAGUUUUAAAAAGUAUGGGAAACAAUUUGCAUCAGAUAACUACACCAACCGGAGAAGAAUAUUUAGUGUCUAUGCCAAUAAAAUUCAGAAAAAAUAUAUGGGUAAAAAGAGGAGAUUACAUACUUGUGGAACCUAUUCUCGAAGGCAAUAAAGUGAAAGCAGAAAUAGUGAAAAUAAUGAAUAAAGACUCUAUUAAAUAUUAUAAAGAAAAUAAUGUAUGGCCUAAGGAGUUUGAAGACAGUAAAUGUGAUGUAAAACAAAACAAUGAUGAUGAUUUGUUUGAAAAUACAAAUAGAAAUAGGAUACAGUAUCAUAGUGAAUCUAGUGAGAACAGUUCAGACUCGGAGAGAAGUAGCAAUGAAGAAUAAAAAUAUAUUUGUUUAAAAA